AUGGCCUCCGGACACAGUGAUCCGAAGCUGCUCUACGCCGUGAACGGCAUCAAGGCCUACCACAUUUCCAAUGGCGACGAGCAGUCCCUCACGCCCUCGGGCCCGCAAACGCUCUCGCUCCUCAUGGUCCCAACCUCGUCCGGCUUCGCCGACCCCUCCGGCCUCUCAGGCGGUGCCGGCACCGGCGAGGAGGACUUUUACCUGCACCUGCACCUCCCGCCCGAGCUCGACCUACCCAUGCCCGCGACGACGCAGAUCUACCACCAGCCGCCGAGCAGCUACCUGAUCCCGCGCUGGGACCUUGGACCCAACAGCGGCGCCUUCACGCGCAUCGAGUUCCCCGCCGUCAGCAGCCGCCCGGGCGUCCAGGAGGAUGUCGACACCUUUGAGACCAUACUCGCCCAGUGCACCGCGUUCCUCGAGCGCGCGCCCCCGCCCAGGCCCCCGCGCUCCAAGGCCGCCGAGGCCAAGGCCAGGGAGGCCAGCGGCGAAGCGCCCCCGCCGUACAACCCGGCGAGCUUCGAGGCCGGCGAGGCGUACGUCCAGGGCAGCGCCAGCUCCCACGUCGGCGGUCGGAUCGUGCUGGUCGACGAGGAGGAUGGCAGCGUCAUCGGCGAGCUGAGCGACGGCUUCCAGGUUGUCGAGGACAGUCGUGUUCGUCCCGGAACCAAGGACCCGGUAGAAAUCAGCCUCCCCGAGGACGGCUCGCACAACAUUUCGGUCGAACCGGUCGAGUACGAUUACAUUGAGGACUUGGUCCACCCGGCCUAUAAGAAGUCGUCGCUCGUCAGCGGCGCCACCCGCGCGUCGCGGCUCCUCAUCACCACCUCCGACUACGUCGGCAAGAUGCUGCAGAACCAGGCCGACAGCUUCACACACAAGACGGAGCCCGUCGCCAACCCCGUCACCUUCACGCCCGCCACGCACGAGCGCAUCCGGCGCAUCAACCACUUCUCCUCCAAGGCGGCCGGGCUCUCCGCCUCCACCGUCGGCUCCAUCAGCAAGGUCACGCAGAACCUCGCCGCCAGCGUGCGCCGCAAGGACGGCCGCGCCCGCGGCUACGACAAGGACGGCAACCUGGUGGACAGCUACAAGCCGGGAAUCCUCAACAAGAGCCUCAUGGCGUUCAACACCAUCGUCGACGGCGCCGAGCAGGCCGGCAAGACGCUACUCACCAGCACGUCCAGCAGCGUCUCCACCGUCGUCGGCCACAGAUGGGGCCCGGACGCCGGCGAGGCCGCGCGAAACAUUGGCGGCGGCUUCAAGAACGUCGGCCUCGUCUACAUUGACGUCACGGGCGUCUCGAGGCGGGCCAUCCUCAAGAGCGUUGCCAAGGGCAUGCUGGUCGGUCAGGUCAAGGACGGUGGCAAGGUGUACGUCGGGGGAGACGACGGGGCUUCUGUGUCUGGGGCCAAUGGCUCUGGCAAAGCAGCGGCCGCUGCUGCUCCGGGUGACUCGAAGGGCAAGAAGCCGUCUAGAUAA